CCAGAUUUAUGCUAGCACGUGCGCUGUUGCGGAGCUCCCUCGGGGGGAUUCGGGCGCAGAAGCUCUCCGUGAGUCAGUGACCUCUUCCUUUCCUCGCCGGUGGAUCAAUUGACUACCUCCGGUGAGAUGGAAGCAGGAUAGAAGCCUCGAAAUCUCGCGGAGUCGUGAAGUUAUCGUCGUUGAAGUGGACAUUGAUGUACUCCGAUUCAUUCCACCGCCUUAACUUUGUUUCCAUGCGCCGAGGAGAUGAGGUCAUCAUGUGUUCAGAACCAGAGACUCACUGUCGUUUUGCUUUGUUAAUCCAUUCGGUCGUUGAACCUUAAACAACUACAUAAUAAGCUCCUCGAUCGAAAUGUCAGUCUGCAAUUCCACUUGGGAGGCUGGUUCUUAAAUCUGUAUACUGGAGAUGAGGUCGGUGUUUGUGAAUAGCCCCGUCCGUCUCGGACGGAUAUCACGGCCUUUGCUAUCAAGUACAUACCGAGUGAGUCACUCGAGCUUUUUACAGUGUACACGAUGCCUGGUCACGCAAGUUGAUCAUUCGGCCGCAAUUCCUGAAUCCGACAGUGGGAAGGAAAGAGUGGUCAUUCUUGGAUCCGGUUGGGGAGGGUAUACCCUCUCCCGAAAAUUGUCGCCAAAGUCGUUCGCGCCGGUCGUUAUCUCCCCUCGUUCAUACUUUGUCUUUACCCCUCUUCUGACUGACGCUGCUGGCGGGUCGCUGGAUUUCUCAAACAUCGUCGAGCCAGUUCGGGAUCCUCACGCUAAGGUCGAUUUCAUCCAGGCCGCUGCACGAGCUGUCAACCUGGAAAAGAAGACUGUUCUUUGUGAGUCAACCGUGGUCACGAGCGGCGUUACAGAGACACCGCGGACACACGAGCAUGAAAGGGAGUCUGAAGAAGGCCCGGAGACCACCUCAAUGAGACCCAUGCAAGAGGCACGCAGGUGGGAGAAGGGAGAUUUCUUCGAGGUUCCCUAUGACAAACUAGUCAUCUCCGUUGGUGCAGUCAGCAAAACUUUCAAUACCCCCGGAGUGAGACAUAAUGCUAUGUUCUUCAAGGAUAUUGGUGACGCGCGACGCGUGAGACGUCGGGUACGAGAAUGCUUCGAGCUGGCAGUGCUACCGACCACGACUCCAGAGAUGCGGAAAUGGCUGCUACAUUUCGCUAUUGUUGGUGCUGGACCGACAGGAACUGAGCUGGCGGCAUCCCUCCGUGACUUCAUUUACAAGGAUAUGACGAUACUAUAUCCUGCCCUGAAAGAUCUCCCCCGCAUCACCCUUUAUGAUGUUGCACCGAAGGUGCUAUCUAUGUUCGACGAAUCACUAUCAAAGUACGCCAUGGAAACCAUGAAGAAAGAAGGCAUCGACAUCAAGACCUCGCACCACGUAGAAGGACUUCGCUGGGGUGAGCCAGGAGCCGAGCCUCCGUACGAAAUGGACCCCAAACGCUGUCUCACAAUCACUACCAAAGAAGAAGGCGAGGUAGGCAUCGGAAUGUGCGUUUGGGUAACCGGAAACGCAAUGAACAAGUUCGUCAACAAAGCUCUCCAGGACGUGGAAACAUUCCCCACCGCAUCAGCCCUGUUGAAAGACGGCACUCAACCUCCCCCAGAUCUCAUAAAAGACACAUCAUGGCACAUCAAAAAGGCACCCAAAGUGGGUGCCCUCCUCGUCGACGGACAACUCCGCGUCCAACUAGAAAAUGCCGACGGAAAAACCGCCGUCCUCCAAGACGUCUUCGCUCUCGGUGAUAACGCUAUGCCGGAAACUGGUGCACCGCCCGCGACAGCGCAGGCGACGACCCAGGAAGCGAAGUGGCUCGCUACCAGACUGAACAACGGCGACCUCCAGAGAUCCCAACCGUUCUCUUUUCAUAAUAUGGGCACCCUGGCGUAUAUUGGAGAUGCCAAUGCGUUGAUGCAAUUUCCUACGGAGGAUGAUAAACCGCCUAAGUAUUUGACGGGACGGAUGGCAUGGUUUGUGUGGAAUUCGGCGUAUUUGACUAUGAGUAUGAGUUGGAGGAAUAAGUUGCGGAUUGCAUUUCGGUGGUUAUUGAACAAUAUCUUUGGGAGGGAUGUGUCAAGGUACUAACUAGCCUUGGAAGCCUUCGGUUAGAGAUUUGAAAGGGAUAGAUUCCUCUACUUUUUUUUCUACUUCUGAUUUGUUGGAAAUACACCCAUGGGUAUAUGAGAGGCUGAACCCUUGAAGCUUACAUACUACACUGCCGUGGCUUCGGAGUGUUACUUAUAUCUUGAUCACUGGGCUUACAGUUUGAAUAUCUAGACAAAGAAAAAGUAUCACAAUAAAGCAAAUAAUAUGUAUUAAGACGUACAU